UAACUCAUAAUUAUCUCACUUGCCGAUCCAUACUCAGGCUGGGUGCGUGUAAACACAGGCGGGCCUUGGUCCCAUCUUUCCCAACCGGAUGCUUGCUUCAUCCACAUGCUUCUCAAAAAAGGAGGCUGAGAGCAUCAGAGAGCCCAACUUAUCUACAGGAAGAGGUGUAAGAUCUGCCGGAGCUGCUGUUUUUUUCUAUCUAGCAAACGGUAAGCUUGUCUUUUGAGUGACAAUAGAGCCAGUUUUUAUUCGUCAUGCUGAGGCGUCAGCAGGUUCCCAGUGUGAGUUGACGGUGUUAAAAAAAAAACCAAACUGAGGAAGCUGCUCAGUUCUCUGCAAACAGCCAACUGACAGGAAGGAAGGAACAACUACGACGCUGCGAACCUGACGAAAAACUUGCCACUCUAAUCUUCAAUUCCUCUUUGACACCUUUUGUUUUUGAAGUUCGAUGGAAAUUUGCUUUGCAUACUGACAAGGAGAAACUAGAGCUUGGCGGCAACUCCCCUCCCUCCCUCCAGCACACAAUAUCCUCUUUAGGACCCAAGCAACCCCCGUUUUUUCACGUUGUCUCAUUGGUUUUAGUGUGGCACACACACACACACACACAGUGGGGACGACUGUCUGGGCAGAUGGUGCUCAGUGUGUGGACUAGGAGCUGAGGGACAGACUCCUCAUCCGUCAUGGGAUGCUGCAGUGUGACCCAGAGGCAUACUGGAGUGGACGAGGUGGGCCCCGAUGAGAUCGAGCUGCUGGAACUCUCUGGAGACAAUCUAGGGGUGUGGAGUCUGGGAGAGACCAGGCUUCAGCUGUCAGUGAGGAACAGCAGCGAUGAGCAGCAGCCACCGCCACCAUCCCGCUACCCUUCAAUACGCCACCUGGAACAAGAGGUGGUGCUAUGGGGCAGGAGCAGAGACGAGUUGCACCACAGGAUUUACUCCCAGCAGCCAAUCAGGGACUGGGAGGGCCAACCUCCCCACAUGUAUGGGGAGAUCAUCCACUCCUCCCUGGUGUCUCUCUACAACAGCUACACACAGGGCACCAGCGAACACUUCCUGGUGUUGUUCUCUUUCCACCUGCUGAUCCUCUCCCUGGACCACCCUCGACAAGACUUCAUCUACGAGGGCAUCCUUCCCCUGUCUGGACUUUCCUUGCGAGCCGUCUCCCUGGACCCCGACACGUCACAUUCGCCACACAUGUUCGAGAUCAGCAGUCCAGUGAUGGACUCCAAGGUCUUCAUCUGUUCCAGUGCUGCAGAGUUACAGAAAUGGAUGCAACACCUAGAGGACCGGAGAUACAAGUCUAUGGCUCAACCCAUGAGUCCCUCCCACUGCGCCCUCUCCUAUCUAUUACCCUGUGAUGAGCACUGGAAAAGAGAAGAACUGAAAAACUACUUGCUACAGGCUCCGAUAUGGCAGUGGGAGGGCUCGCCAAUACAGCACAUGGGCCAGCCGGGAUGCAUAUCUAUGGUCCACAUCAUCAACACACAGAGACAGGGACUCCAAGAAAGACUGAUGGUUCUCUUCCCUCAAGACGUCCUGCUACUGUCAGUCGACAACAAGCGUCUGAAUAUAAGAUAUGAGGGCAGGUUGCCCCGACACAGCGUCAAAGCAGUGGAGAGGUCAGCCCUGCCUGGACGGCUGGAGUUCGAGCUGAUAGGUGAGCUGGUGGAACCACUGCUGAUCUCUUGUAGCUGUCAGGAGGAUUACUGGAACUGGAUCUUUCAGUUACAACAGCCAGACAGAAGCAGCAGCCACGUUACUGCGAGUCACGCUGCGCCUCCGAUCAUGCCAAAGCUGCACAGGAGCAGGAAGGAGUCCCAGGAGCCGAUGAUAACAAGUAACCAGUGUCACAUCAAUGGACGCAGCUGACUCUCACUGAAAUAACACAUCUAAGUUAACAUGUAGAUAGUAUGUACAUAUUACUUUUAUGUCUAAUUUUGCCACAAAAUACAGCAGCGGGGAGGUUCUGACGUGCUCUCACCCUGACUUUGAAACAUUUGGGUGAUUUUGUCACUCGGAGGAACUGAGAAGAUACUUAUAGUUCUCUUUCAUGUGGGGACAAACAGAAACAAGGUCAUGACCCAGUUUAAGCUCCGACCACAGCUGAAGAAGUGUUUGAUGUAGAGGCUGUAGCGCUGCAAAGAUUGCCAAAGAGCACAGAGCAGAGGAAACUGUACAUAUUUAGCUUUGAUGUUUUUACCAUAAAAUACACAAUGUUUGACUUUUUCAACAAUAAACUGUU